GAAGCAUGUAGACGUGCUAUCUACAUGGGAACACUGAACCCAAAUACGCGCCAAACAUAAUAAAAUAAACUUAUAAAAUGAGUGGUCAUUAGUGAUAGUGUGAUUUGUUCAACAAAUCAGUGUUGUGGAAUUUGUUGUCCGACUGUCUGAGGUUAGCGUGAGCGAUGCGCGGGCGCACGCCGCGCUGGCGUUGCGUGUUCGCGAUCGUGUGCGCGCUGCUCGCUGCCGCCGGCAUCGCCAUCUCGCUCACCUGGGGCCGGGUCUUCGACUCCGUGGUGGCGCGACAAGUGGCCUUGGUGCCUGGGUCCCGAUCGUUCCGCGAGUGGGAGGCACCGUCUGUGCCACUCUUCAUGGACGUGUACCUCUUCAACUGGACCAAUUCGGACAAUUUCCCGGAUGAAAAGCCUAACUUGGUGCAGUUGGGUCCAUACCGCUUUAAAGAGCACCGGCAGCAUGUGAACGUGACGUGGCACGCGAACAACGGCUCGGUGUCCUACCGCACCCUACGCACCUGGCACUUCCACCCCUCCAGCAACGGCAGCCUCCACGACAACGUCACCAUGCUUAACAUCAUAGCGGCAUCAGCAAUCUACAGCGCUCGAGGCUGGGGCUUCUUAGAGCAGAAGAUGCUGUCCAUGUCGCUGGCCAUGUUCGGGCAGCACAUGGUGGUGUCGAAGCCGGCUCGGGAGCUGCUGUUCGAGGGCUACGAGGACGCGCUCCUGGACGUGGCCAAGACCUUGCCGGCCAGCGCGACCGGCGGCGCCCCGCCUGUUGACAGAUUUGGACUGUUCUACGAAAGGAAUAACUCAAUUACAACCGAUGGCUACAUGGAAGUGUCCACAGGGGUGGAUAGCGGCACUCUACCAGGUCAGGUGCUGCGGUGGAACUACCAGGACUAUCUACCAUACUACACUGGGGAGUGCGCCAAGUUAAAGGGGAGCGCGGGCGAGUUCCUGCCCCGAGACCUGACGGAGCGCUCGAGGGCGACGGUGUUCGUGCCGGACCUGUGCCGCUCCAUACAGCUCACGCACAAGCUCAGCGGAGAGUUUGGAGGUCUCCCUUAUCACCGCUACUCCGUCGCGCCGGAGAGCUUCGAUAACUCAACGUCCUCUCACCACAACACGUGCUUCUGCAACGGCGAUUGCUCGUGGGGCGGAGUCAUGAACGUGUCGGCGUGCCGCUACGGCUCGCCCUCGUUCAUCUCGCUACCACACUUCCUGCACGCCGACCCGGCGCUCGCGGCCGCCGUCUCCGGUCUGCAGCCCGACGAGGACAAACACUCCUUCUACUUCUCUGUGGAGCCGAAACUUGGCGUGCCACUGGAGGUUGCCGCUAGGUUCCAGCUGAAUAUUCUAAUUGAACCGAAUCCUAAUAUUGCGCUAUAUGAGAAAGUGCCAAAAAUGCUCUUCCCGAUAUUCUGGGUGGAGCAGAGCGUUCAAACUGAAGCGAGCAUCAUAGAGGAGCUGGUGUACGCGCGCGCCAUCCUGGACUGGGGCGCGACCGUGUGCGCGUGCGCCGCGCUGCUGCUGCUGCUGCUGGGGGCGCUGGCCACGUGCUGCGGGCCGCGCCACAAGUACGCGCGCCCACAGGACGGCGCCAUCAUCAGCGAGAAACCCAACGAUGAAGCAGAGAUGAAGCUGAACAAUUUGUGAUUCAAUUUACGAUUUUGAUGCUGAAUGUGAUUUUCAGUAUUGUCACUCGUCACUCAAUCUCGGUUCUCGGUCUAAUAGUCUCGAAAACUGAUUGACAGACAUUUCGUGCGGUCCGGGAAGUGAUAGGUGCAAGGCGGAAGGUAAUGAAGUUACAAGCGAUAAAGAGUGUAUAGCUGACUAAGUGUUACCAUUUAAUAAGUUUACAUACUUAUCAGAUUAAUAUAUAUGAACCCUUUUCUUCUCUAUAUUAUUUAGUCACUUGUAUAAAGCAAUUUUACAAGGGUUAAUGAAUGAACGGUUAUUAAAUUUUGAUGUUAAUCUACCUCAAACACAUUAUUUCCAUAAACAUAAUUCCUCAACACGACAGAUUUCAAAUUUUGAGUUCGAUAGUGAAAUUCCUGAAAGUAGGUAUGUAGAGACUUAUCUCUACCCAAUACCUAAAAUAUAGCCAAUACCUGAAAUAUAGCCAAAAUAGGCUCGAAAUUCGAACAAAAAUAAUAGAAAAAGAUGAAUAGCUUUAUAUAGAAGUUUAUUUGCGUAGAUUAAUAAAGUGACCAAUGAUAUAAUUAUUAUUGCCUGCAUGGUAUAUGUAUGUAUAGAUAUUAUAUUAGAUUUAACGAGUAUUAAGAAUUAAAACUGUUUUUAAUUCUUAAUACUCGUACAAUUUUGAAGUAGGUAGGUUAUACAUUAGGUUAGGUAUGUGGAUGUCGUUAUUGUCGUUGAUAAUCUAGUUACACUUGUAAGAGUUGUAAGGUAUGCAACAAUAAUUUUUACACAGGUGUAAUCUAUGUGUUGACAAAAUGUCUCAUUUCAUUAAUAAUGUACA